GCAGCCUGGGCUCCAAGGAGUUAAGGCGCUGCCGAGUCCCAAACGCUGAUAAGGAGCAGGGUAGAACAGGAUGUGGCUGGGAAGGGGGGCACGGGAGAUAGGGCAGCGCUGUUCCCGAGGCCAACCUCCUCCUCCGGGCCCAGAGACACAGCAGAGCCCGCACAAGGGCGGCGUAGGAGCCAUCGGGGAGCUCGGCACAGGGGGAUCAGGACCACCGAAGCCCCUCCGACCCUUUUCCAGAAGGGUCCGGGAGGAGGGAUCGCUCACACUGCCUGAUUUGCAUGGGAAGUGGGGAAACCUGAUCCUGGGGCGGGGAAAACUUACCCGUAAAAAGGUGCCCCCACAGCGCCCAGGUGGCUCCGCCGGGACCGUGGACACCUUGGACGCAGGGAUCGACGGUGGAACCGGGACUGAUUGUCGAGUUGGAGCAGCUGGGACAGCCUUGGCUCCUCUCAGUGGGGAGCUCCGUGUCCCUGGAAAUUCAGUGCCUGGGUCACCUCAGCUCUUCCCCUGUACCAAACCCGUGGUUUUCUCAGACGAAUUUAGGCCUGUUUGACCCCGAAGUUGAUCAGGAACUCCCCAGCCCCUCCUCCUGGUGUGGCUUUCUCGGGCUCUGCUCCGGCGGCGAUGGUUUAUUGCGCGGCCCUGAACUGCCGCAACGCCACGAGCGGCGCCCGCAAGAACAGCUCCGUGACUUUCCAUGGAUUCCCCCUGCAAAACGAGGCUCUCCUGCGGCAGUGGAUCCGGAACAUGGGCAGGGACAUGGGGACCCCCUCCAAGUACGAGCGCCUGUGCUCGGAUCACUUCGAGGAGGGCUCCUUCCAGGGGGACCCCUUGAAAAUCCGCCGGAGGCGGCGGCUGCUGAAGGAGGCUGUUCCCAACAAGUUCAUCCUGGGGCAGGAUGGGAAGUGGCUCGUGGGGACACCCCAGGGCUUCUGUGAUGGGAUGAGGAAUAAAACUCGGAAGCGAAUCCGGAAUCCCGAGCACCAGAGGGUCCCUGGGAAGUGUCCCAAUGAUGCUAAGAGGCCAACUUUGGAGGAUUGGCAGAAUGAAUUUUGCAAGACAAUCCUAAAGGAGAAUUACGGAUCUUUAACCAUGUUCAGGAAAGAUUAUCCUGUUCCCAAAAGCAAGAUCCCGGUGGGAGAAGCGGUGCAGGUCAAGGCUCAGCAGGGUUUGGAGGGAAGGAAGAUUCCUGCCAGCCUUAGCACAGGCCGUGGUGGUGCCAUGAUCAGAUCUCAGCAGCAGAGUGCAGAAAACACCCAAGUUCAGGGAUCAUCCUCAGGAGGAUCCCAAAACCAGCGCUGGAACCUUUCGGACAAGGGGGAAACAUCAGAGAGCCACCAGAGUCCAACAAACCAGGCAGAGCCCCCGGGAAACAGGAGAGGCAGCAGCUUCCCUGCAGGAGGGCAACUUGGCGAGUUCAAACAGUUCCUUUUUCAGCAGCAGGCCCACCCCAAGGUGUCUGAGGUGCCCUGGUUCAUCUGCACCGAGUGCGGGAAGAGCUUUGCCCGGCACACGUACCUGCUCCGGCACCGCAGGAUCCACGCGGGGCUCCGGCCUCACACCUGCCUGGAGUGUGGCAAGAGCUUCCUGGAAAAACCCAAGCUCACCAGCCACUGGAGAACACAUUUUCACAUAAUCUACGUGCCAAAUGAUUCCCUAGGAUAG